AUGUCGCCUUACAAAAUAGCAGUGUCUUCUCCUACUUCAAUUACAGCUAUUAAAAAAAUGAAUGUUAUUACCAUUCGUAAUCAUUUAGUCACACUAGGUUUAAAUUCGAAAGGACAUAGAGAUGUUUUAGUAAAACAAUCAUUCACCAACACUGAAUCUGAUUAUGCAAGAUUCAUCAAUCCACAACCAACUUGUAACAUAACAGAGAAAAAUGAAAUUACAAACAAGUAUGUCUCACAACUUACUUUAUCGAAAGCAACUUGUGAAAAAGAGGGAGGAUUUGAUUAUCAAAAUGAAAUUAUAGAAUUUCCAGCAUUAUUACUUGACAGUAAUACAUUUGAGAUUGAAAUAACAGAUGUUAGUCCAACGUUUCCUGAAGUACUUGAUAAAUUUCAAGAAUUUUUACAUAGACAUCAACUGAAUAAUUCAAAGAGUUUUGCAUUCAUGACAGAUGGACCAUGGGACAUUCGAGAUUUCAUUAGAAAACAAUGUACGAUUUCAAAUAUAUCUCGACCAAUUUAUUUUAAAAGCCCAUGGGUGAACAUAAGGAAAUUAUAUUCAGACUUUUAUAAGAUUAAAAAGUGUAACAUUUCCACAAUGUUGACAAGAUAUGAAUUAAAUUUUGAGGGACAUGAACAUUCAGGAAUCGAUGAUGCCAGGAAUUUGGCAAUUAUAGUAAAGAAAAUGUGGGAGGAUGGUGCUAUUUUUAUACCCAAUUGUUAUUUAGAUUAUAGAAAAACAACUAGAAAAAAAAAAUGCCGUAAUAAAUAA